AUGGUCAAAGUCGAGGAUUACACUAAGGCUUUGGAGAUACUCAAGGAGUAUCCUUCUAGAGAUGGCCUCCACGUCGAUACUCUUCUCGACUCGGAUAAUCAUGGAGCCUUGACCUACAAUGACUUCCUCAUUUUGCCCGGUUCUAUCACGUUCCCGGCAUCGGACGUUUCCUUGGAUACCAAAGUAACUCGGCGGUUCACUAUCAAAGCCCCUCUUCUCUCUUCUCCCAUGGACACCGUCACCGAACACAAUAUGGCCAUCCAUAUGGCUCUUCUUGGCGGUCUGGGUGUUAUCCACAAUAACUGCCCGCCAGACGAGCAAGCUGAGAUGGUGAGGAAAGUGAAACGCUUUGAAAAUGGCUUCAUCCAGGACCCCAUUGUUCUGUCUCCGGGCACGACGGUCGGAGAGGCAAAGGAACUGAAGACUAAAUGGGGAUUCGGCGGGUUCCCGGUGACUGAAAAGGGAACCCUCCAUUCAAAGCUUCUUGGUAUCGUCACCAGCAGAGACAUCCAGUUCCAUAAAACCCUCGAGGAUCCAGUCACGGCUGUUAUGGCGACAGAACUAGUCACCGCACCCGCAGGCACCACUCUUGCCGAAGCCAAUGAAGUCCUCCGGAAGUCAAAGAAGGGCAAGCUGCCAAUUGUGGAUAAAGAAGGGUCCCUUGUCUCCCUGCUCUCCCGAAGUGACUUGAUGAAGAACAUUCACUAUCCUCUUGCAUCAAAGCUUCCAUCUAAACAGCUGCUCUGCGCGGCGGCCGUGAGCACCCACGAGGCAGACAAGGUCCGUCUGCAGAAGCUCGUCGACGCCGGUCUAGAUAUUGUCGUUGUGGACAGUUCCCAAGGCAACAGCAAGUUCCAGAUUGCUAUGAUCAAAUACAUCAAACAGACAUUCCCCGACAUUGAUAUUAUCGCGGGUAAUAUUGUUACCCGGGAGCAAGCCGCGGCACUGAUUGCUGCCGGUGCGGACAGUCUACGCAUCGGUAUGGGUAGUGGCUCCGCCUGUAUCACACAAGAAGUUAUGGCCGCUGGUCGUCCUCAGGCUGCAGCCGUGCGCAGUGUAUCUGCCUUUGCCGCACGGUUUGGUGUCCCUACCAUUGCUGACGGUGGUGUCCAGAACCUGGGUCACAUCGUGAAGGGACUUGCGCUAGGUGCUUCGGCAGUUAUGAUGGGAAGCCUGCUUGCUGGAACCACUGAGUCUCCUGGCGAGUACUUUGUGAGCAGUGAAGGACAGUUGGUCAAGGCCUUCCGUGGUAUGGGCAGUAUUGCCGUCAUGGAGGACAAGACUAAGAGUGGCGGCGGUAAUAAUGCCGGGGCUUCGCGGUACUUCUCUGACAAUGAUAAGGUCAAGGUUGCGCAGGGUGUUGCGGGCUCCGUUAUUGAUCGUGGCUCAAUUACCAAGUUUGUCCCUUACCUUGUUGCGGGCGUGCAGCAUUCUCUCCAGGAUAUUGGUGUCCAGACUCUUGAUGCCCUGCGUGACGGGGUAAACAAGGGGUCAGUUCGCUUUGAGAUGAGAAGUGCAAGCGCACAGACCGAGGGUAAUGUCCAUGGCUUGCACAGCCACGAGAAGAAAUUGUACUCUUCUUGA